AUGCCGUCACUCGAGCCCAUCUUCCACGCCGCCGAGCUCGACAUUCUCGUCCCGGCGACGGGGAGCUUCCCUCCGGCCCCGCAGGAUUCUCGGGAACGCUCCGCGUGGUGGGAUGCGCUGCGCGCCCUGCCAUCACGCGACACCGUCUUCCUCGACGAGAAGGUCGCAUACGCCGUCUCACUCCGUGUCCCCUCCGAUGUGCUACCCUCAGCCUCGCCGUCUCCAUCGAGUCCGCACGCUGCCGGGCCAGGCAUUGCGCCGCCCGAGCUCGCAGCUCUGGCUAAGCACCUUCAAAUGACGGCGACAGUGUCCUUCCUCCCCCCUCUUGCGCCCGCGCCCGUCGGCUUUGCAGAGAGACGGAGUAGCCUUGCUCCUCCCCCACCCGUGGCUAAGGAUAGGACACCGACGAAGACGGCCUCCCCGACCAAACAUAGACCAUCCCCCAUUUCACCCCCCAGGAUAGCAACUUUAGCAGCAGUCGCUGCUGGCACUCCGACGCCCAACGGUCCGCCCACUGCUAGUCUUAACCUUCCUUUGCCCCAGACACCCGGUGCCACCGUUCCACCCACCCCCGCCUCCGCGACUUCCGCGGCGCACCAGCCGGGCCGUCCGCCCAUUCCGGAGGCUGGCGAGGGCGGACCGCCCCUUACACCCAGGCCUGUACCUGCUACGUCGCCCGGUGCUGAGGAGUACGCGGAUCUGGAAGGAGUUACUGUGUGGGAAGGCGAGGUUGCGGUAGACGGGGAGACAAGGCCAACGCUCGUGCGUACGGCCGAUGGGUGGAUUGCCGUCUGGUGUGGCGAAAUGAGCGUCGUAUAUGUCCGCACACAGAUCGCCAACCCGGUACUGGGUAUUACGGCGUCGGCAACAUUGCGUGCCAAGCCGCGCAAGCCAGCUGGCGCAGCGUCCGACACGGCCAGCAUCAGGUCAGUAGGCACGGUCGCCAGCACACAGACGGAAGAUGUGGACGUCGAGGAAGAAGAGGAGGAUAUCGACCUGGCCCACAUGGAGGAUAUCGACCUGCUGGGGGGUCUGGCAGCCACGCCUGUACCGUUCUCGCGAUUGAGCCCAGCUAUCCGAGGCGACAUCACCCCACCAACGCCGCGCAGCAGCACUCCCCGCUCGCAUUCAAUUCCCACUGCGCCCGUGCAGCUGUCUCUCAGCGCAAGUACAACAAUGCGCAAGUCAUUUCGCCGUGUCCUCGGCCUCUCCCCGGGCUUGCGUGUACGUAUGCGCACCAUCUUUUUGCCGCAGUUCCUGCCGCCCGGGGCGGCAGCUGAAGAGUCGGAGGACAAUGCGGAGCGCAAAAUUGUUGUCUGCGUUGAGGUCGAGAACGGCGCAGACUCAGGCGAUUACGCCUUUGAGGUUGAGCAGGUCACGGUCGAGGUCGGUGGGAAAGGCCCCAAGGCUACUGCUGAACUGGUCUGCCAGCCCGGCAUGGAGCCGCGUACGCCGGGGGCCCGUCCCUCGCCUCCAGAGACACCUGGGUUCGAUACUGUGUUCCCGCUUGAGCUCUCCGCGCUCGAGCAGUACAACCUGCUCUACGCGGUGACGAUCGCGUCGUCACCCGGGUCGGUGGAGGUACCACGGCACAAGGGCGAGGAGAACCGGGUCGUCUCGAUUGUUCUCAUAGGGCGCCCCUACCGACUCCAGCAGGGCUCGAAGGCAUUUCCAACGGCUCCUUUCCAGAGCAGAUGGAACUGCAAUCUUGAUCUCACCCCGUUCUACUCUACACUUCCACCUGCCCCACCACCCCCGCCUGCACCUCGGCAAAAGCAGCGUCCUGCGGCCAAAGUGGUUGCACCAGCUCCCAAUGCCAUUGCAGGUGACAGGCGGUACGCCCUCGCCAACUUAAUUGCGGACGACCGGCAGGUGGUGACCAAUCCUGCGCGGCCGAACGUGCACCUCCCUUUGCAGGCCCUCUCAGGCCGUGCAGUGAGUGGGCGUUACGCGGGCGACGGACACGGCCUGCUCGUAUCGGUCCGCGUCCUGCCCGGCGGGGAAGGGAGCAUCGCGCCAGCUCCGCUCGCCACCGACACACAAGGCACAAUCUACCCACUGGACACCUUUUCCAUUGAGGUGUUUGUGCAUAACCGCACCGACACGGUGCGCCGCUUCCGCCUCGCUGUACCAGCGCGCGAGGCGGACACGCGCAUCCGCGACCUGUGGUCUCGGCGCCGCAGACGCGCAGCUGAUGAGGCGGCGUACGGCGUCGACGAUGCAGUCCUCGGCGCCCUGUUGGCGCAGUACGAGGCAGCAGCACCGGCCCUUGUCCCUCUCGAGACGGACGUGCGGUGCGGCCCGCUUCUUCCUGGAGCGUCGUUGGCUGCACGGAUCAAGUUCCUCGCGCUACGCGACGGCGUUCACCGCAUUGAGCGGCUGCGAUUGACGGGCAUGGAGGGCGAGUUUGACUUCAGCAUCUCGCCGGUGCUCGAGGUGGUGGUCGCGCAGAAGGCGGAGUGA